AUGGCCAAGGGCGGGAAAGGCCCCAAGGGCAAGAAGAUCACCCUCAAUGUGGCCAAGAAUUGUAUCAAAAUCACAUUUGAUGGGAGAAAACGCCUUGACUUGAGCAAGAUGGGAAUUACCAACUUCCCCAAAUGUAUCCUGAGACUGAAUGAUGUGGAUGAGCUCGACCUUAGCCGGAAUCUGAUCAGAAAAAUCCCUGAAUCAAUCUCCAAGUUCCAGAACCUGCGGUGGCUGGACCUGCACAGCAACUACAUCGACAAGCUUCCUGAGUCCAUCGGCCAGAUGACUACUCUGCUCUACCUCAAUGUCAGCAACAACAGGCUGACCACCAAUGGGUUGCCUGUGGAGCUCAAUCAGCUCAAGAAUACCCGCACCUUGAACCUAGGCUUGAACCAUCUGGACAGUGUGCCCACCACACUGGGUGCUCUGAAGGAGCUCCAUGAUGUGGGGCUACAUGACAACCUGCUGACCACCAUCCCUAAGAGCAUCUCCAAGCUCCCCAAGCUCAAAAAGCUCAACACAAAGCGAAAUCCCUUUCCCAAGGCAGAGGAGUCAGAUACAUUCAUAGAUACCAUCAGGAGGCUGGACAACUUAUAUCUGGUAGAAGAGAAGGAUCUGUGUUCAAGUUGCCUGAAAAAAUGCCAACAGGCCCGGGACAAGCUGAACAAAAUCAAGAAUAUGGCCACAACAGCACCGAGAAAGGCCAUCUUUUCCAAUCUAGUCUCACCUAACUCCAUGGCCAAGGAUUCCCAGGAAGACUGGAGGUGA